AUGGCUGAAGAUCUAUUUAAAACCUUAAUUAAAAAACGAGGUGUUCUUAAAGGAAAAGUUUCUGUUUUUAGCAAUAAAAUUACAAAAUUACAGGAAAGUUUUUUGAACGAAGAAAAUAUUUCGGAACAAACUAUCAUUGAAUUAGAAGAUAGAAUCGGUCAGAUUAGUGAUAUUACUAAUGAGUUUGAUAGUAUUCAGAGUCAAAUUGAAAUGGAAAUUUUAGAUGAUGAAUCCAAGUUUAUGGAACAAUUAGCUCAACGAGAGCAGUUCUUACAAAAUUUUUAUGAUUCAUUUGCGUCAGCAAAACAUUUAUUGAAUCAAUUAAAACCAGCUAAUAAUAGUAACAGUGAUCAUAAUUCCGAUAAGAAUUCUCCUGCAGUAAAAUUGCCAGACAUAAAAUUACCUACAUUUAGUGGGUCUUUAAAUACCUGGCUUGAGUUUCGAGACACGUUUACCGCAUUAAUAAACGACAACCCUGAUAUUGAUGAUAUAAAUAAAUUUCACUAUUUAAGGGAUAGUCUAGAGGGUAGCGCUAGUCAGAUUAUUCAAUCUCUUGAAAUUUCUGCAGGAACGUAUAAGGUUGCAUGGGAUUUGUUAUGCAAACGAUAUGAUAAUAAAAAAGCAUUGAUAUACAAUCAUUUAGAUGCAUUGUUUGGUUUAGAAAAAACAGAAAACAGAAAAGUCUCAUCUUUUAAAUUAAGAAAUCUCUCAGAUACAGUCUCCAAACACUUGAGGGCUCUUAACAGUCUUAAACUUCCCACAGAUCAAUGGGAUAUUCUAAUUUUACAUUUAAUGGCCAGAUGUUUGGACGAUGGAUCUGUUAGUAAAUGGGAGGAAUACAAGUCUAAAAAAGAUUUGCCUUCUUUUGAGGAUAUGUAUGAAUUUUUUAGAAGUAGAUCAGACUUGCUAGAGCGAUUAGAGUUGAACAAACUUGAACAGGGAUCCAAGUCAGGGAAAAUCAGGGGCUUACUUUCUGCCGAUUCAGAAAGUAAUUCACAUGAAAACAAAACAUCUUUUCAAGGUUUCAAGUGUGCCAUAUGA